AAUUUCAUAAGUAAGAGAUAAGUAAAGCAAACAUGAUUAACUAAACAGUUGAACAAUUAAAUACUUAACAUAAUAAAAGUGAAAUAAUUUGAAUAUUCACAUGAUUAGCUGUGAUAAAAAAAGGACUUUAACCGGUUUUGUUGAACAUUCUUUUUAGUGCAAAAUUAACCAUGGCAACCACACUAGCCAAGUCCAUUUUCACCAAAGUGAACAGCAAUUUAAUCAAAAAUGGACUUCAAAGUCAAAUAAAGUUUAUGUCUAGUGCAAGCUACGAAUACAUUAAGGUAUCAAAAGCUGGUUCGAAGAGCAAUGUAGGAGUCAUAACAUUAAAUCGCCCCAAAGCCCUGAACGCCCUGUGCAAUGGUUUGAUGACUGAAGUAGGCAAAGCCCUAGACACCCUGGAAAAUGACAGCAGUGUGGGGGCUAUCAUCAUCACUGGUAGUGAAAAGGCUUUCGCUGCUGGUGCAGAUAUAAAAGAAAUGCAAAAUAACACCUAUUCGCAGUGUAUGACAGGAAAUUUCUUGAGCCACUGGAACAGAGUGGCCGAAAGUGUCAAACCCGUCAUAGCGGCUGUUAAUGGAUACGCGUUGGGAGGUGGUUGUGAGCUAGCCAUGAUGUGCGACAUCAUUUACUGUGGCGAAACCGCCAAAUUCGGGCAACCGGAGAUUCUUAUUGGGACCAUCCCUGGGGCUGGAGGCACCCAAAGGUUAUCCAGAUGGGUUGGCAAAUCUAAAGCCAUGGAGAUGGUUUUGACUGGUAACCAAGUCCCAGCGAUUGAAGCUGAAAAAAUGGGUUUGGUUGCUAGAGUGUACCCAGUUGAUAAACUCUUGGAGGAAACCACAAAGAUCGCCGAAAAAAUCGCCAAUAACUCUCAAUUGGUCACCGCCAUGGCUAAAGAAUCCGUAAAUACUGCAUACGAAACUACUUUGAAGGAAGGUUUGCAUUUCGAGAAGAGGAUGUUCCAUGGUACAUUCGCUACAAAAGAUAGGAAAGAGGGCAUGACUGCUUUUGUUGAAAAAAGGGCCCCAAAUUUCACUAAUGAAUAAAGAACUUGAUUUUAUAUAUAUUUUUACAUAAUAAAUACUUUAUAUUGUUUCAAUUAGUUUUUUAAAUUUUUGAUGUUAUAUUAAGUACAUCACAAACUUGUUGACAAUCUGUG